AUGGCGGGACGGCGCGGGGAGGACUACCUGCAGCUGUUUGUGGAGGAGGGAGACUGGUACGAUCGCAUUGUUCUGGGGACGCUACUUCCCGGAUGGGCGUGGGAGUCGCUUCCGCGGCCUGUACGGGCAUGGCUUCGCAACUACAUUGGCGGCGUUCUGCUUUACUUCGGCUCCAGCUUUCUCUGGUGCUUCUACAUCUACUACUGGAAGCGCAAUGUCUACCUCCCCAAAGGUGAAGGCCGCAGUUCCAUUUCGUUUCUCUAGGUUACAGUCCGACACCCCCCUCCCUCCGAUUUCGAAUGGUAAUAAGGUCACAGUCGCACUUAGAACAAGUGUUUUAUUUGAUGAAGGUAUCAUAAUUUUUCUGAUUGGAUUGCUCGACAGAUGCCAUCUUUUAGAUGGCUUUCGUCUCUUUGCAAAGGAAACGAUGUUUUUGGCUCGAAACUGUUUAUCCAACCAGUUUAUGCAACUUAAUGCGCCUUUUUGGGUAAUUAUGAUUUUACGUUCAGCACAGACCGGAUAUUUUAUUGUCAUGUAGCUAAAUAUUCCUCAAAUGGUGCCAUUUAGUGUUGCCCUGCUUCAAUCAUUUAAUACAUGGCUUUAUUUUAUAGAAAAUCGUUCAGUUAAUAUCUCUCGUAAUUAUCUUUGUUGUAUAAUGAUGUUUUCUCCAUGGUUGAAGCCACUUUACUGUUCAGAUUAUAGUCUACACAUAAUCUACACGUACUGCAUUCUGUGUUGUCACAUAAAUAGAAAAGUAUAAUCUAAUUUGCUAAAUAUAGCACUUCCCUCUUACCUCAUCAGUUUCUCCUUAAAGCUCACACGGUGAGGUGUUGAAUGGAAUUAACUAUAUUUCCUAUCUUGUCGAUGAUUUUUCUCACAAGAGGGUUUUGUAUGAUAAUCACUUUGAUGCCUAGAGAUAUGGAUCUUGGUUUUUCUUCUUCUAGAAUGUUCACUUUAGAAUUAUGUUGGUGGGCAUCGAGCUAUGAAAAGUUAUGGAGAGUCAUCUCGGAUGAUAUAAAAAAGAAUGAUACCUCAUGUCUCAAAAGUUGUCUCAAAUGAAUCUGUCACACAGCUUUGGUUUUGGCCUUUACUGUUUUUCAAAUUCUGAUCUUGAUUCCAAUCCUUAUAUCGCUGCAGUCUGAUUUUGCAAUAGAUCAAAGAACAUAUGUUGUUGCUGAUCUCUUUGGUAUUAAGUACUAGAACCUAAUGAUCCUUAGGAGAAUGUCAUUAGAUAGAUUUUUUUCAUACAUGAUCGGUUGGACAUUUGUUGAUAUAUGUCUCGACUAUGUCUGAAGAUUUUUUUUCAUGCAGAUGCCGUCCCUUCAAAUAAAGCCAUGCUUCUUCAAAUAGUUGUUGCAAUGAAAGCCAUGCCUUGUAAUAGUGUUGUUCCAACAUUAUCUGAGUACAUGAUUCAAAGAGGGUGGACUCAUUGUUUUUCGGUCAUUAGUGAUGUUGGUUGGCCUCUUUAUAUUUUCUAUUUAUGUACAUAUUUAGUAAUAUGUGAGUUUGGAAUUUAUUGGGUGCAUAGAAAGUUUCAUGACAUCAAGCUACUUUACAAGUGUAUACAUGCGACACAUCACAUGUACAACAAACAGAAUACACUUUCUCCAUUUGCUGGUAAAGUUCACUAUCUAGUAGGACUUUGAAAUAUGUGUCUUACAAUUGAUUUCUGAAAUCAUGAUGUAUUAUCUGAAUGCAAAUGCGUUGUGAUAUGUAAGUGAUCAAUUCUAUGGUGUAUUUUUGAUGCUCCAACUGGAUUUAGGCAAUCAUGUGCUACAAACCUUGUGAGGAAGUUUUCACUCAUUUGAAAGUUGUCCUCAACUUGUAUUAUGAACAUUUUUAUAAAAUUGUAUCUGUUUGAGGUUCUCUUCAAAUUGCACUACAACCUUGUUACUGGCAGCACAGAUUUCUUUUGAUGAUGGAAGAUAGACCAAAUUAAGAAGUUAGUAGGUUUGUGACAAUUUUUUUUGGAUGAUUGAUAUGUAGAGAUAUAAACCUUGGGGAUCAACUUCUCUCACAUUAUUGCAAGAAAUCCCAAUAGCCUAUGUGAAUCAUAGAACUACCACGUUCAACACUAUUGAGAGGAAAAGGUUCAACAAAGAGUGAGGAAAUAGAAGAAAAUAGAUUUCAAGGUGUACAAAGAAGGAUAAAUGAAAGUAGACUUAGUUGUGAAUAUUGAGACGGUCCUUGGAAAUGAUGGUGGUUUGUGGGUUGAAGGUACUUUGUAUUUCAUUGUAGCAAUACUUUGCAGCACUAGUAUCAUAACAUGAUUGUUUAAAAUAUGAUCAAUUACUCUCUUGAUUUUGUAUUUCCUCAUUUUAUGUUUUAAUUGUGAUAGAUUAUCAUGAUUAAUUCAUCAUAGUAUAAUUGAUCUUUCCCUUCAAAAUGAAAGGCACCUUUAAUAAUUGGGAUAGAUGCACAUCAUAUAAUGUUUUUUUUUCUCUCCUAUCUUUUCCAGCAUGAAUUUUUAUUUUAUCAGAAAAAUUUAAAUCCUCUUUAAUAGUCUCUCUAUUUUUUUAUUUCACUUUAAAAGAAAUUAUGUAAACACCAGCUGACGAUGCUCUUCCCAUUGUUCUUUGUUCUUCUCCACAGGGUUUGCAUUCCAUCCGCUUGAUGGGAUACUACAGGCAUUGCCACACACAAUUGCCCUAUUCCUUGUGCCCACACAUCUCAUGACCCACAUGCUCCUCUUGUUCUGUGAGGGUGUGUGGAUGGCCAACAUCCAUGACUGCAUCCAUGGUGAAGUGUGGCCCAUAAUGGGUGCUGGGUACCACACCAUACAUCACAUAACAUACCACCAUAACUAUGGCCACUACACCAUUUGGAUGGAUUGGAUGUUUGGCACCCUAUGUUGUCCUGAAGAGGAUGUGAAGAAGGCGAGCUGA